AUGGCGACCGCUCAGAUCUUCCUCCCCGGCGACCUCAUCCCCGCCUCCCUGCUCCCACCACCACACAAAAAGCGCAAACUCGGCCCUGGCAUCCGCCUCCAGCAACACCAAGACCCCAGCACAAUCACCACCACCACAACGGUCUCAGAAACAUUCACCUCAACCCUCGCCGGUCCCCUGACUAUCAAUCCCCAAAAACGCACCGCCACCAUCAUCCCCCACCCAAACACAACCCGCUACAACCCCAAACUCAACGACCUCGUCAUCGCCCAAAUCACCCGCACCACACAGGACUUCUACCACGUCUCCCUCUCCCCACACGGCGCAACAGCGAUCUUGGCUCAACUAAAUUUCGAAGGCGCAACGAAGAAGACCCGCCCAAAGCUCGAGUCCGGGGAUCUGGUUUACGCAAGGGUGGUUUUCGUGGGCGCGGAGGGAGCAGGAAUGGAGGUUGAGGUUAGUUGUGUGGAUGCGCAGACGGGUAAGGCGGGAGGAGAGGGGUUGGGCGUGCUGGGAGGUGCGAGUGGUGGCGGCGGUGUAGGCACACCCGCAGUCGUAAGCACGGGGAUGGUGUUUGACGUGAGUGUCGGUCUGGCGGAGAGGAUAUUGCGGAAGGAGGAAGGGAUCGAGUUCUUAGCCGAGCUGGGCGGGAAGCUAGAGGGCGGGUUUGAGGUGUGCGUGGGUAGGAAUGGGAGGGUGUGGGUCGAUGGUGGUGAGGGGAGUAGUGGGGUGAGAGGGACUUGUGCGGUCGGAAGGUGUUUGAGGGAGGUGGAUGAGCGCUAUAGGAGAGGCGAGGGGUGGAUGGAUGCGAAGGCGCAGAAAAAGAUGGUGUCGAGGAUUUUGGGGGAGUUUGGGUUGGGAUGA